AUGAUUUUAUUAUUAUAUGCUCUGAUAUCUAUCAGUAUUUAUUUACCAUCUACAAUCUGUGUACCAUUAAACAGUUGUACAACAGGAAAACUAACUGCUAUUUACGAUUAUAUUGUUAUUGGUUCAGGUCCUGGAGGUGCAACAAUUGCUACACGUCUAGCAUUGAAUGAUUAUAAAGUAUUAUUAAUUGAAGCUGGACCAGAUUAUGAUGAUAUCAUUACUGAAACACCAGUAUUUUGGCCAGAAGUUCAAUUAGAACCGCAAAUAACAGCACAAUUUAAUCCGUAUCUUUAUUCAAAAGAAGAUAAUAGAACAAUACAAUAUCCAAGAGGAAUUGCACUAGGUGGUUGUACACUAAUUAAUGCAAUGAUAAUAAUGACACCAAAUCCAUCAGAAUGGGAUGAUAUAGCAAAUGCUACCAAUGAUACAAAUUGGAGUUAUGAAAAUAUUAAGAGUAAAUAUCAACCAUUAGUUGAAAAUUGUGAAUAUUGUGCAAAUAAUGAUAUUGAUGCAAAUAAAAAUGGUUGGUUAAAUAUAUCAAGAUCAACAACUGGAUUUGUAGAAUCACCAUUACUUACAAAAAAUCCUGUUCUUACGGAAUUAUUAAAAGCAGUCAGUUCAGAAGUACCAUAUAAUCCAGAUGUGGAUAAAAAUAAUACUUAUGAUAGUUAUUACUUUACACCUAAAUCUGUUAGUCAAGAUACAGGUCACAGGUCUGACACUUAUAGACGUAUAAAAGACGUACAAGCAAUUAAACCAACAAAAUUAGAUGUUUGGACAAAUACUUUUGUUACUAAAAUAAUUAUCGAUAAUGGAACAAAAGAAGCAUGUGGUGUAGAGUAUGUCAUAGGUGCAUUUUUAUACAAAGCUAGUCCAUUAGAACCACUGAAUCCGGUUAAGAAUGAUUUUGUUAAAUUAUCAAUAUUUGCAAAACGUGAAAUAAUUGUAUCAGGCGGUCAGUGGAUGUCACCACAAUUGUUACAACUCAGUGGAAUUGGUAAUAAAACUCUAUUAGAGAAAUUUAAUAUUAGUGUUAUACAAGAUUUACCAGGUGUUGGUCAAAAUCAGCAUGAUCGAAAUGAAAUGCCAUAUAUUGUUAAAUUAAAAGUCAAUCCAAAUUUUCCUGGACCAAUCGAUCCCGCUUGUAUUCUUGGAGGAAUACUUAAUAGUUCAUGUUUAAUUAAUUCUACAAUUAAUGCACCAGACGAUUUUUUAUCAUCAAAUGCUAUUCUUUUCAGUAUACUUCGUUCUGCGGCACCAAUAAAAGCUAACUUUCCGGAUAGUGCAUUAUAUUUUGCACCACUAAGAUUUACUGGUUUCAGGAAAAAUUGGGUAAUAAAAGCAGCUCCAUAUACAAUAGGACCAUAUAUAACAGUUAUUAUCAAUUAUGCACGAGUUAAAAAUAAUUUAGGUACAGUUGAAAUUAAAUCAGCAAAUCCAUUUGAUACACCACUAAUUCAAUUACGACAUUUUGAAGGUCCAGAUGGUCAAACAGAAGUUAACCAAAUUAUAGAUCAUAUUCGUUUUCUACGAAAAAUAUUUAUACAAAGUAAUUUUUCACAAUAUGUUGAGUUUGAAGAAUUACCAGGUAGUAAUGUCACAAGUGAUGAAGACUUAAGUGAUUAUAUACAUAGAGAAGUAUGGGGACAUCAUGCCUGUUGUACAAAUAAAAUGGGCGAUACAGAAAAUGAUCCAUUGGCUGUUGUCAAUUCAAAAGGACAAGUAAAAGGUGUGAAGAAUUUACGUGUUGCUGAUAUAUCAAUAUGGCGAGAAAUGCCUGGUUAUUUCCCUUUUCUACCAAUUUCAAUUGCAUGUGAAAAAAUAGCUAAUGAUAUUAUACAACUAGCUCGUACAUAA